CUUUCUCUCUCUCUAAAGCUUCGAGCUUUAAACCACCGGUCAUCUUUCUUGAUUAGUGUUACCACUUACGCAUUCCUUAUAAUUCACGGCCAAGGACGGCUCACCCAAUUUUACAUGCAUUCUUCUUCAUCACUUUCUUAAUUUUUCUAGGGUUUACUCAAUUCGAGUCAUACUGUUUGUUACACCAAUCAAUCGAUUGCUAGGGUUCUUGUUCAGAUGACGUAUGACUCGAAUGUUGACGACGUCGUGGUGCCGGUGUUGGACCUGAUUCUGGAUACCGAUAAGGGGGAUUAUGUGAAAUUGGUAGGAUCGACGGAGGAACUAAUUAGUAAAGGUGGGGCAUUUAUCGAGGAUGAAGCUUCUUCUCCUAGAGCAAUAUGCGGAUGGUGGGGGUUCUGUUGGUGGGCUAAGGCCGUGAUGUUGUUAACCUUUCUGGGAAUUUUAGCUGCCGUUUUCUCCAUCUGGGUCGGACCCUUCUUCAUGGACAAAGAAAUUAUUCCUCUGAUAAAUUGGGAGACAAAGACAUUCUCUAGAAAAGAUCUUGGAAUUCUGCUUUUUGCUUCUGUAGCAUUGUUUCCCACCAUACUGCUUCCUUCAACACCUUCCAUGUGGGUAGCCGGCAUGACUUUUGGUUAUGGAUAUGGAUUUCUGCUAACAAUAUUUGGGGCAGCCAUUGGAGUGUCACUUCCAUAUAUCAUUGGAUCACUCUUUCAUCACAAGAUUCAAGGAUGGCUGAAGAAAUAUCCUAAAAGAGCUUCCAUUAUUAGAUUAGCUGGUGAAGGAGAUUGGUUUAACCAAUUUCAGGCUGUUGCUUUAAUCAGGAUCUCUCCUUUCCCAUAUAUUAUAUACAACUAUUGUGCUGUUGCUACCAAUGUGAAGUAUGGACCUUAUUUGAUGGGAACUUUGCUUGGAAUGGUUCCAGAAAUCUUUGUCGCAAUGUACACGGGAAUUCUGAUAAAAACACUAGCUGAUGCUUCCCAUGAUAAACACUCGCUUACAGUCCAACAAAUAAUUUUUAACCUGCUUGGAUUUGGUGCGACUGUUGUAACCACAAUAGCAGUGACAAUGUAUGCUAAAAAACGGCUUAAGAAAUUGCAGGAUGAGGAUGAGAUGAUACUAUUACAGUGAGUGUGAAGCUCUAAACCAGGCGGGGGGGACCAGCUAAGAUCAGAGUUAUUUGAAUACUUGCCAUAUUGGAAUACGAUGAACGAGGCUUCAUUUUAUCUGUAUAGUAGCCACAGGUGUAGGUUAAUUUAUCAACCAAAAUCCUGAAAUGGGAAAGAGCGAAACAAGGGCAAACAUCAUUGCUUGUGUUGUUUCCAUUGACUCUAUCUAAAAGCUCUAGAUCAUGCGUGCUUGUAUAUUAAUCAUGUAAUUACAUUUGAAUGGUUCUAUUAAUUGAUUGAAAAUGAAAUUCUUUGAUAGUA